AUGCUUGAUCCUGAAAUAACAACGUUCGGCAAUAAACUUCCUGCUCACACGAUGCAUGUGAAGUUGAAGAAAGAAAAAGCAGCAGAAUGGUUUCAUCUGCAAAUGAAGGCACCGGAUCUUUGGACGGCGCCUCCUUGUUUUGGAAUUUGCCUCAAAUGGAGCGACUAUCAAUUGAUGGUAGAGCAGACAUAUAGAACCUGCGAAACCUUGGUGGACGAUGCAAACAUGAUGCAAGCACUGCGCGAGUCCAAGUUCGAUCUGGUUUACAGCGAAGGACUCGAUACCUGUGGACCAGGGCUAUUCGAGAUGCUUAACAUCAAAAGUGCCGUGAUUCUCUGCAGUUUGGGUAUGUGGCCACGACUGUAUGACAUCUCUGGAUUAAGGCCAUUGCCGAGCUUUGUACCAAUCGGACUCUCACCAUUCUCAGACGAGCUAUCAUUCUUCGAGAGGCUGAUCAACUUUCAAUCUACAUAUCUUCUUCGAUAUCUAUAA